GUUCAUGAAGCAACCUUGCAAAGGCACGCUUUCAAAAGUGUUUCAGGAUGAGCGAGAGUGAUGCUCUUUUCGAUGACGUAUAUGAGCUUCAUGAAAUAAUUGGAAAAGGGCCUUUCAGCGUUAUACGACGAUGUACUCGUAAGGAUACUGGUACUGAGUAUGCAGUUAAAAUAGUUGAUGUUGUAAAGUUUACAAGUAGUCCAGGACUUUCUACAGCAGAUUUAAAACGUGAAGCGAGUAUAUGCCACCUACUGAAGCAUCCACAUAUUGUUGAAUUAGUAGAAACUUACAGUAGUGAUGGAAUGUUAUACAUGAUAUUUGAAUAUAUGAAAGGUGCUGAUUUGGCAUUUGAAAUUGUGAAACGUGCAACAGCUGGCUUUGUUUAUAGUGAAGCAGUGGCAAGUCAUUAUCUACGACAAAUUCUAGAAGCUAUACAUUAUUGUCAUGAGAAUAAUAUUAUUCAUCGUGAUUUAAAACCACAUUGUGUUGUCUUAGCAAGUAAAGAGAAUUCAGCACCUGUAAAACUUGGCGGUUUUGGUUUAGCUAUACAUCUAAAUUUGGAUACAAAUCAAGUGAAUGGAGAUUCACCAAUAACGGUUGAUCAAGAAAUUUUUGUUUCUCUACGUUCUGAUCAGUGUGGUCGCAUUGGAACUCCACAUUAUAUGGCUCCUGAAAUGAUUCGUCAUGAACCAUAUGGAAAAGCUGUAGAUGCAUGGAGUUGUGGUGUUUUAUUGUUUCUUCUACUUAGUGGUUCUUUACCGUUUUAUGGAACACGCGAUAUUUUAUUUACACAAAUAGUCUCUGGACGUUAUCACCGUCAACCUCAAGUAUGGAAUAUGAUAUCACCGGAAGCAAGAGAUUUAGUAUCACGUUUAUUAGAAGUGGAUCCAACACAGAGAUUAACAAUUGAAGAAGCAUUACGUCAUCCAUGGAUUAGUCAAAAAGCUCGUGCAUCUAAAACACAUCUACAUGAAACAGUUGAAGAAAUGAGACGUUUUAAUGCUAGGCGCAAACUUAAGGGAGCUAUUCUAGCUGCUGUUUCCAGUACAAAAUGGGCAAGCUUCUACACCGAGCCGAAUAUUCUCUCUGAUGACGAUAUCUUAGAUGAAGAUGAUGAAGUCACAUCAGCUGCUGUUAGUGCUGUAUUGGACAGUUUUGAAGAGAUGCAAUGUCUUACAGAAUGUUUUGAAAAAGAUUCUGAUCUAUUUCAACCAGUAUUUGAAGAUGAACAUUUACAUUGUUUAUUAGAGCUCUAUGAUCAUAUUAACACACAUUCACCAGGCAGUGAUUUUCAUGUUCCUGCUGAUGCAACAGAAAUUUGGGCUAAAGUAUUAACAGAAUUAUCCGUAUUGAAUAAGACAGAAAUGGUGUCAACUGUUGAAGAAUUAAAAUUUUAUAUGAAACAACCUCACUUUCGUGCAUUAUUACAAACGUAUGAUGUAAUAGCUCAAGAAGUUUAUGGCCCUGAAGCUAUUCGUGUCACUCCACCACCACUGUCAUCAUUUUUAAAUGGUGAUGAGGAUGAUCAUAUGGAAUCAGAUACAGAUCAACCACAAGUGACACGUGUACGUUUGGUACAAUUUCAAAAGAAUACAGAUGAGCCAAUGGGUAUUACAUUAAAGCUAAAUGAAGAGAAUAAGUGUAUUGUUGCAAGGAUUCUACACGGUGGAAUGAUACAUCGACAAGGUACUUUACAUGUUGGAGAUGAGCUACGUGAAAUUAAUAAUGAACCAGUAGCUGGUCGAUCUGUUGAACAUUUACAACGUUUAUUGCGUAAUGCUCGUGGAAAUGUGAGUUUGAAAAUUAUUCCCAGUUAUAGAACACAUCCAUUACAAUGUGAAAUCUAUGUUCGUGCAAUGUUUGAUUAUAGUCCUGAAAAUGAUGAUUUAAUACCAUGUAGUCAAGCUGGUAUACAUUUUCAUAUUGGAGAUAUAUUACAAAUUAUUAGUAAAGAUGAUCAUAAUUGGUGGCAAGCUCGUUUAUGGGGUUCGGAUUGUCAAGCACCAGCGGGUUUAAUUCCUAGUCCUGAACUUCAAGAAUGGCGUAUGGCAAAUAAGGCAGCUGAAUUAUCACGUGAAAUGGGUAUUACACAUUGUGGUGCAUGGUUUAAACGUCGUAAACGUCAUUUUAAAGAUAAAUACAAAAAUAAACAUUCAGCUAUUUAUGAUCAAUUAGAUUUAGUUACAUACGAAGAAGUUGUCAGAUUACCACAAUUUCGUCGUAGAACAUUAGUAUUACUUGGUGCACAUGGUGUUGGACGACGUCAUAUUAAAAAUUGUUUAAUUCAAUCAUCACCGGAUAAAUUUGCAUAUCCUAUUCCUCAUACAACUCGUACACCACGUAAAGAUGAAGUGAAUGGAAAGAACUAUUACUUUAUUUCACAUGAUGAAAUGAUACGUGAUAUUGCUAAUAAUGAAUACUUAGAAUAUGGUUCACAUGAAGGAGCAAUGUAUGGUACAAAAUUGGAUACAAUAAGACAAAUACAUGCAACUAGUUUAAUUGCUAUAUUGGAUGUUGAACCGCAAGCAUUGAAAAUAUUACGUACUGCUGAAUUUGCUCCAUGUAUUGUAUUCAUUGCAGCUCCAACUCUCACUAAUAUCACUAAUGGACACAAUAAUAAUAAUGAUAAUAAUAAUAAUGAUGAAAGUCUUGAAAGAUUAACACGUGAUAGUGCAUUAUUAGAACAACAUUAUAGUCAUUUUUUCGACUUAAAAAUUAUUAACAAUGAUAUUGAAGAAACAAUUAUUCAACUUAAACGUGUAAUCGAUGACUUUCAAAUCACUCCACAAUGGAUACCAGUUACAUGGGUCUAUUAAGUAUGAUUCAUUUAAUCAUGAUUAUACAAUGUUGUGAAUAAUGUUACAAUUGGACGAAUUGGUUUAGUUUCUUUCAACUUUUCAUUGUUCUUAUUAUCAAUUAGAUGGUUAAUUUGCAUAGAAUGUGCUUUCUUCUAUUUAAAUUCCCUUUUUUCUCUCUCCCCCCUCUGUGUGUGUGUGUGCGUCUAUUCAGUUACAUCUUGCUUUUUAAUCUUUACCUUUGCUACUAUUCUUUCAUUGUAUCUCUCUUCUUGCCCACCUCCCCUUAUUCACAUUUUAGUUUUUUCUUAACUACGUAAUUUGGAUUCUUCAUCGUAUUCACAUCAUUAUCUUUCUUGUUUAUUCAUGUUCAAAAUCAAAGAAAAUGUUGUUAUUUUGUAGAGAUGAUCAAACAGAUAAACUCCACCUAGUCCAUUAUGAUGUCUAAUCCAUCAUCGUUAUUCUAUUGCAUUUCUCUGUAUAUAAUAUAGUAGUCAUCUAAAUGAUGCUAUUGCUUCUUUCCAAUUUUGUUGUUGUUGUUAGUGUCGGAGUAUUGGUUAUUUACUUACUAAAUCAGUAUUAAGUAGUAUUGAAAUGCUUUUGUCUUACAGUUUACUUCACGUGAUCAAUCGUAAUUGAAUUCAUUCAAUCUUGAUCAUAACAUGAUCAUUUUAUUAAUAGUUAAUUCUGUUUAUUUUUGGUUUUAACUUUUGUUUGAUGGUUUGUUUUCUUUCUUAAAUGAUCAAGUUCUACUUUCAUUUUGAUUGAUUUCAGUUUAUAAUUUUUUUCCUGUUUUUGUAUUUACUUUAAGUAAGAAUAAAACUAAGUUUUGGUUUAAAUGAAUAUCUCCUCAAUGAUGAUCCGAGAUUUUGUUUUCUAAUUUUAAAGUUUAUUCAAUUAACUUACAUAAUUUAUCAUCCUAUGUUGGAGAAGAUUUACAGCUCAGUUGAAUGCUUCAACAUGAAGAGGUGGGUGCCGAUGAGAUUAUCUACAACGACAAGAUAUUCAAGAAUGUUCAGUAAUUAUAUUAUCUAAUGAACAGGGCAAAACACCAGAAUAUAUGGGCAUUGUUAAAAUAAGUAUUUCUUGACUUGCAUAAAUCUAUGAUUUGAUAGCAC